ACAAAAUCAUUCAUAUCAAGCUCAUUGUGUGCUCUUUUAUGCUAUGUACUGCUACACUUACACUGGAGCUAUCUAAUUUCGGCACGCCCCUAAUUUGGCCCCAAACAACCUUAACUUAGCAUCGCCUUUCCCGCCAUCUAUUUAUCUCUCUGCUCCCAGCCGACGAUCCAUUUCCAUCCACAAAGACAAAACCCAGACCUACCAUUCCUUCCUUCCAUCGCCUCCUCCAAAGAAAAAAGACACCACAAUCCACGGGGCGCCCGCGCUGGCCAUCGCCGUUCCCACACGAACGGCGACGGUCUCGCCGGAAGCCGGUGCUCCGACCUCGAGGCCUCCGAGCUCCCCGGGGCCGCGCAAUUUAGGUGAUCCGAUCCGACGGCCGGCCACCAAUUUGGGGACGAUAUAUCUAGCUAGGGGAGCUCCGGGAGAGAGCUAGCAUGGCGUUGGGUCUCCGGGAAGGCGGCGUCGGCAGCAGCGAGCUCGAGGACGCCAGGGCGUCGUCGUCGUCGUGCUACGGCGUGUCGGCGUCCUUCGCCUACGACGGCGGGCCGCCGACGCCGAUACAGAUGGACCGGCACCCCGUGGUGCUGGGACCCUUGGAGGGCCAGGACGACGGCCGGAUCCCGGCGUCGGUGUUCGAGCGGGACGUGUCGGAGCCCGGCAAGGACUGGAGCAUGAUGUCCACCGAGUCCGUCUUCGGGCUGCAGGUGGCGCCCUCCUGCGACUUCACCGGCUACUUCCUCGCCCACCCGGAGCUCAUGGACAUCGCCACGCCGCCCCGCGACAGCAGCUCCGUCGUCGUCGACGACGAUGCCACAGCCGCCGUCUCGCGCACCGCCUCCAUCGCCGUGCCGCCGCCUUUCGAGAGCAUCCCGGAGCACGGCAGCAGGGCCACCACGCCGCACGGCAACACCACCAUGCAGAGCUACUCCUUCGCCUUCCCAAAUUUGAUAGAGGAUAAGAGUUACAGUACCAAGGUUCACGAGCAGACACCAUCACCGGCGACAGCGAAAGCACCGUCAAUGAGGGAGGCGGCGGAAGCGCCACCGGAGGAGGAGGAGACAAGCAACAAGCCGGAGCCGGAGCUGGCGAAAGAAGAAGCAAAGGGCGGUUGGCUCUCAUGGAUGCCCUGCUGCUCUUGAUAACAUGGAUCACCAGCGGCAGCCAGCCGGCAGGUCAUCGGCGACAAGGGCUACAGGCACGAAAAUACAAAAAUUAAGGACCGAAACCCAAAAACACAGUAAAAAAAAGACAGUUGUUUGCUUUUGCUGUCAUGCACUAGAUUGCAUUAAUUACUCUUGGUCCUAAAAUGAAUUUCAGAUUUCGUGUAUGCUGCAUUUGUA